CAUAGUAAAAAAAAAAAAAAAAAAAAACAUAUACCCACUGUCUACAAUAUUUGAAAUCGUAGUUUAUACAAUUUACUUUUAUAAUCAUGACAAGUCAAGCUGUUCCGGAGGAUACUAAAGAAUUUAAGGAUCUUGUCAGACAGCGCGGUUCUAUUAAAGGGCGCCUGACAAUCUUUGCAAACUACCUUAAAGGCUUAGAGGAAUUUGGAACCAACAAAAUACCUAUUUCCUCAAUACAAGAGCUAAGCUUACGAACAGAAAAAAUAGAAUCUUUAUUUUCUGACUACGACAAGUGUCAACUAAAAAUAGAAGUUUUAUGUUCGUUGAUAGAUGAACAAAUCAAGGAACGGGAAAUAACGGAAAAUAUUUUUUAUACCAGUAUUUCUGCCGCUCAGUCAUUAUUGCAGGCUCACCCUAAGGCUACAUUGGAGGUAACUGAUUGCGCUAGUGUUGCUUCUUGUAGUAAUGUAAACAUGCAGGUCAAGCUGCCCAUCAUAAAACUUCCAACCUUUGAUGGAAAUUAUUUUAUGUGGUUAGAGUACCGUGAUACAUUCCAAUCUUUAAUACAUAAUAACGAAUCGGUUCCAGAAAUAAAUAAAUUUCAUUAUUUACGAUCCUCUUUAGAAGGGAGCGCAUCCCUAGUUAUCAAGGCAAUCGAAUUUACUUCGACUAAUUAUAGAAUUGCUUGGGAUUUAUUAUGUCAGAGAUACGACAAUAAAAAUAUUUUGAUAUAUAAUCACUUAAAGGCCUUAUUCAAAAUAGAUCCUCUUACUAGGGAAUCGCAUAAAUCAUUACGAUAUAUCAUUGAUUUGGUAACAAAAAAUUUAAGAGCGUUAAAAACACUCGAUUUACCUGUGGACAGUUGGGACAUUCUCAUCAUUUUCAUGGUUUCUACUAAGUUAGACCCCGUAACCAGUAUGAAAUGGGAAGAAUACAGAAACGAUUUAGAUGAUCUGCCACGUUUUAGCCAGUUUAUUGAAUUUCUUCGAAAUCGGGCCGACUUACUUGAAACGGCACUGGCAAAUAAAAGUGAUAGACAUGAACAAAAUAUAAAUUUUCGGUAUCACCAUAAAAACGAUAAUAAAAAUUCAUUAACGCAUAAUAAUAAAUAUACAAAUUCAUUACAAAAUAACAAUCAUAAAUUUGCAAAAAGUUUUGUCACUUCUGCUACCACUUCAAAACCAACAGGGCCUUUAUCGUGUCCUCUAUGUGGUAAAACACAUAGAAUAAUAGAUUGUGAAUCUUUUAAGAAUUUAACAUUAGAUAAAAGAUGGAAUGAAGUGAGGAAGCUUAAUCUUUGUUCAAACUGCUUGAGACGAGGCCAUGAUAUGUCCGUCUGUUAUAUUGGUCCAUGUCGGUUAUGCAACGAAAAGCAUAACACGAUAUUACAUAAGGAUAAAAAUUCACAUACAAACUCAUCACCUGUAACGUUGUCGCUGCGUACGGCAGGGCAAGUUCUUCUUGGUACUGCUUUAGUUGAAGUUACCAACCCUGAGAAUGAAGCUACUUACCGCGCUCGAGCUUUACUUGAUGCAGGAAGUCAGUCCUCAUUCGUGACACAUAAUUUAAAACAUAAAUUAAAAAUAAAUAGUCAUAAACUUGAUUAUGUAACAAUAUCCGGCAUUAAUAAUGUUCAGGUACCCAUUGCAGACAGAUGUAAUGUCUUCAUAAAUUCAUUAACUGAUUCAUUCAAUUUUGACUUAAACUGUUUCGUAGUGCCGGAAAUAACAAGUAAAUUGCCAAACACUUUUGUAAAUAUCUCGUCACUAAACUUACCUGAUGACCUUCAGUAUGCAGAUCCUAACUUCAACAUCCCGUCGAAUAUCGACCUACUAUUAGGGGCCGAGGUUUUCUUUGAUAUAUUAUGUCCGCAAAAAAUCUCAUUAGGAAGAAAUAUGCCCACGCUUCAAAGUACUAAACUGGGCUGGGUAGUUGCGGGUCCAUUAGGUCUUGAUGGAAGUCAGCCUCCUAAAUCUAUCCAUUGCCAUUUUACAAGAGAAAUUAAUGAGAACCUAACUAAAUUUUGGAAUCUUGAGGAAGUUCCUUCAUCAAAUUCAAUCAUGACAACUGAUGAAGAAUUUUGCGAGGAACAUUUUCUUAAGCACACGACUCGAAAAAGCGAUGGUAGGUUCUCAGUUUCGAUGCCCAUUAGAGACAACCCUGAAACUGCUCUUGGUGAGUCAUACAAAAUGGCCACUAAGAGAUAUUUUAACCUAGAGAAAAGAUUGAACAAAAAUCCUGAACUUAAAAAACAAUACAUAAACUUUAUUCAAGAAUAUGAUUCAUUGGGGCACUUGACUAGAAUUGAUAAACCUAAAUUUGGAUAUUACUUACCUCAUCACGCCGUAAUCCGUGAAUGUAGUGAAACCACGAAGUUACGCGUAGUCUUCGAUGCUUCGGCAAAAACUACAAACAAAAAAUCAUUAAACGAUAUUCAAUGUGUAGGCCCGGUGGUGCAAGACGAUCUAUUUAAUAUUUUGAUUAGAUUUCGUCAACACAAAUUUGUAUUAACGGGAGAUAUACAAAAAAUGUACAGACAAAUAUUAAUAAAUGAAAGUCAACGACAGCUACAAUUGAUAGUAUGGAGAGACGAUGAAUCCAAACCUUUAGAAGUGUUACAAUUAAACACAGUAACUUACGGAACAGCUUCAGCUCCGUUUCUCAGCACUCGCUGCCUGUUACAGUUAGCUCUCGAAUGUUCGAAUCAAGAUAUUUCAGAGAUAAUAAAACAAGAUAUCUAUAUGGACGACUUGCUGACUGGAGCAGACUAUGAAGACGAUUUGAAACGCAUUCUUGAGGAGGUAACAAGGGAGCUGCAUUCAGGAGGCUUUCCUCUCCAUAAAUUUCGCAGUAAUUGCCCUCAAAUAUUUGAGGAUUCAACCUUAACAAAUUCUCUUGAUCUCAGUAACCAAGCGAGUGUUUUAGGCGUGCAAUGGACACCUAAUACAGACACGUUAUCAUUUUCUAUAAAAUUAGAUACUUUGAACGAUAAAAUAACCAAAAGAUUAAUUCUUUCAAAUACAUGCAAAAUAUUUGACCCCCUAGGUCUUCUAAGUCCAUGUACCGUAACACUAAAAAUACUAUUACAAAAACUGUGGCAACUUAAAUUAUCAUGGGAUGAACAGGUCCCUAAUGACAUAAAGAAAGUAUGGUUAAAAAUGAUUGGUAGUCUCGACGAUUUGCUUUCAUUAUCGGUGCCCAGACACGUGAUGUGCCUGUCACCAGUUAAAAUUGAAAUCCAUUGUUUCGUUGAUGCGUCGCAGCAAGCAUACGCUGCUUGUGUGUAUAUGCGCACUGUUAGCAACACCAAAAACAUAAAUAUAAAAUUAAUCUGUGCUAAGACUAGAGUUGCGCCUCUCAAGGCCGUCACUAUACCACGACUUGAAUUGUGUGCGGCUUUAUUAGGCGCUCGUCUUGUAGCUAAAGUCAGUGAAUCCUUCCGGUGCCCAAUACAUACAAAAAAAUUUUGGUCUGACUCCACAAUUACAUUGGGUUGGAUAAAAACACAUCCUAAAACUUUAAAAACAUUCGUUUGUAACCGAAUAAAUGAAAUUCAUGAACUAACAGAAAGGACCUCCUGGAGGCACAUACCGACAGAUAUAAAUCCGGCGGAUAUGGCCUCUCGAGGUGUGGAACCCAAAUGUGUCCUUAAUUCUUCGUUGUGGUGGGAAGGUCCUGAUUUCUUAAAAAAACCUGAAUCGCAGUGGCCUCAAUCCCCGAAUCCUGAAACAAACUUACCUGAAAUAAAAUCAUUAAAAACAACUAUUGCUGAAAAGGAACAUAAAAUCAUUAAAUUUGAAAAUUGGUCAAAUUCAUCAAAAUUAAAGAGAAUAUUUGCGUAUAUAAUUCGAUUUAUAAAUAAUUGUAAAAAUAACUCCAAUAAAACUAAAGGUCAAUUGACACAAAGAGAACUAGAUCAAUCUCUUACAUACCUCCUUAAACUGGCACAAAACGAAUGCUUUUCACACGAAAUUACCUUAAUAAAUAGAAAACAUAAACUUACCUCAUCUAGCUUGUUACAGCUUUCACCUUUCCUCGAUGACAGGGGCGUGCUCAGAGUAGGUGGUCGGCUUGAUAACACCAAUUUUAAUUUUGAGAAGAAACAUCCAAUAUUACUAGAUGCAAAACAUCAUUUCACCAAGCUUUUGAUGAGAGCCGAACACUUGCGACUGUUGCAUGCCGGUCCUCAACUGCUCCUGUCUUCAUUCAGAGAUCAAUUCUGGCCUCUCGGAGGAAGAACGUUGGCACGUAAAAUAGUACGUCAAUGUGUAACGUGUACACGGCAUCGCGGCAAAACUAUGGAGCCGUUGAUGGGCCAAUUGCCAUCUACGAGAGUGACACAAAGCUUUCCCUUUCAAAUUUGUGGUACUGAUUUCGCAGGACCGUUCUAUAUUUCAAGUAAAAAGGGACGUGGUAAUAGAAUUUCGAAAUGUUACCUAUGCUUAUUUAUUUGCUUUUGCACCAAGGCAUUGCAUUUAGAAAUCGUCAGUGAUUUAAGCAGCAACGCUUUCAUUGCCUCUUUACGUAGAUUCAUUUCUAGAAGAGGAAAACCUAAUCAAAUAUAUUGCGAUAAUGGCACAAACUUUAUAGGAGCAAAUAAUGAAUUAAAUAAGGUAGUUCAAUUAAACCUAAGGGCUAUGCAAGACUUCACAGCAGAGGAGGGAAUAAAAUUUAAUUUUAAUCCACCUUACUCUCCGACAUUAGGAGGUCUAUGGGAGGCCGGUGUCAAAAGUGCCAAAUUUCACUUAAAAAGAGUUCUAGGUGAUCUCAGUUUAACGUAUGAGGAGUUGAGUACGCUUUGUACACAAAUUGAAGCCGUCCUCAACUCCCGCCCCUUAACUCCUUUAACAUCUGAUCCAAACGACCUUUCUCCCUUGACCCCAGGGCAUUUCCUCAUCGGGCGGCCGCUGACGUCAUUACCUGCCGCUCCGAACAUCACAGAGAGGAAGAUCAAGACGAGAUACCAGAUGCUUGAAUCUCUACGUGUCCACUUCUGGAGAAGAUGGCACAACGAAUAUCUAUCUGAAUUGCAACAGAAAACAAAAUGGCGUAUACCUUACGAAAACAUAAAAAACGAUGCAUUAGUCAUCUUCAAGGACAAAACGCUACCGCCCAUGAAGUGGAAAUUGGGGCGAGUUAUCAAAUUAUACCCCGGAAAGGAUGGAGUAUGCAGAAUCGCUGACUUUCGAACACAAAGAGGAGUGGAACGGCGAGCACUGAACAAGGUGUGCCCCCUCUUACAAGGUGAUGACGACGUGUCGGAUGAACCCCUAACUAAGGCACCAGUUGCAGCAGCUGCAUCUUCUUCGGCUCCGGCUGAAGAGGCCCCAAGAUGUCUACGACAACCGCGCGGGCGGCGCGGGGUGAAGGGGAAACGCGGCGCGCGCGCGCGCGCCGGCCGCGGCGCCUCCACUUCCCAUUAGAACCGAUCGCGAACACACA